AUGGAUGUCAAGUAUCUGCGCGACAACUCUGGCUUUGAUGAGACGAUGCCCUCGGCCUUCCUACAGCCCCAGAAACGCUCAACAAGAACUACAAAAAAGUUCCGAACGACUCCGUUCCCUCUGUUUACAAACCUGGCGUUGCUUUUGGAUGGAGACAUGGUGACGGGGGCAUUUUCCCUUCCACCCCCAGGUAUCGCUCAUAUGGCCAACAACAACAUUAUCAACGAUGCCGACGUUUUUCCGCCGGCCGAUGUUUACCCACCGACAGACCAAUACAUACAAAGUGAUCGCAUGGAUUUCGAGGAAUAUCAACAAGCCCCAGUGACCAAAGGACGUGGAGGGCGCAAAAUUUCUGCCCUGGAUGAUGACAUGAGCAGCGAUUCGGACGAUUCCGACAACAUGAUGCCCCGAAAGAAGAAGCCGCGUCAGCAAUAA